AUGCUUAUUGCGCGUGGCAGGUCGGAAGGGUGGCUGAGGGUGCCUGUCUCCGCGCUCAGGGUCUGGGCCGACUUGAACGACGUCACCUUCAAUGCCAUCUCCGUCGGGCCUCUUCCAGGCUUCGAGCUGCGAGGCUCCACCGUCAUUGCUGACGGCGCCCUAUCCUCCGGGAAUGCAGAGCCGCUGAUGAUCAUUCCUCGCGACCUUGUACUGUCGCUCGAGGCUGUCCGCAUGCACGCCAAGUCGGACCAGCAUCUUCGUGAACUUCUCGAUGCGCUGGCCGACUUUGGAAGGAGCCCUCGGAUUGCAAUCUUAGUCUUCCUACUCAUGCAAGCCAUCUCGAAUUGCCCUAACACGAGUAUCAAGAUCGGAGUGCAUAACCCACUGAAAGAAUAUAUCAAGUUCCUCCCGGAAGAACUCCUGCCGACAUUCUGGACGGAAGCUGAACGUGACCUCCUCACCGGCACCUCGCUCAAACCGGCAAUUGAGGCCAAGAUUAAAAGUCUCACCAAGGAAUUCGACCAACUUCGCUCCGCAACCGAGCACAUCAAGUGGUGCGCCGAACUGUUGUGGGACGAAGAGGAUGGCAUCAUCUCUUUCGAUGAUUGGCUCCAAGUGGAUGCCAUGUACCGCUCUCGUGCCCUAGAGUUUCCAGGCAUUGGGGACAGUAUGGUUCCUUGCGUGGACAUGGCUAACCACGCAAGCGGCGAUGCUACGGUUGCUCUUUACGAGACGGACUCGGACGGCAAUGCCGCGCUUUUGUUACGCGACGGCAAAGAGCUCAAGAAGGGGGACGAAAUCACCAUAACAUACGGAGAUAAGAAAGGCGCGUGUGAGAUGCUGUUCUCUUACGGCUUCAUUGAGGACAGCAUGACAUCAGCCCGAGAGCUCUUCCUGGACCUGGACAUCCCGAAUGACGAUCCGCUCAAACGCGCAAAGCUGCACGUGAACACCUCAGCGCCAGGGUUCCGUCUCUACGAUUCCGACCACGUCGGAGCCUCCGCCGGAUCAACAGGCUGGCAGAGUGACUUUAUUUGGCUCGUAGUGGUCAACGAGGAGGACGGGCUAGACUUUCAGGUCGAGCAAACCACAGAUGGUGGUCGUGAGCUCCGCGUCUACUGGAAUGGAUCGGUGCUUGAGGAGCCCGACAAGCUCGCAGACACACUCAAGACUCACCCGUUGUGGGAUGUCUUUAAGCUUCGUGCUGUUUCUCUCCUUCAGGACAGGGUUGAGACGCAGCUGCGCUUGCUGUAUGGGACUGAUGACGAUGUGAAGGCAGCCAUGAACGAGGAGGGCAUAAGGGUACGGGAACGCGUAUGGUCGCUAGCUACUAGGCUGAGAGACCUAGAGAGGGAUCUGCUAGAGAGAGCAUAUGGCAAUCUCGAGGAGGAAAAGGAAAAGCUUGUCGAGACGGAGACUGUGCAGAAGUACCUGCAAGCCAUGGCACAGCAAGAACCCGAGGAGGAUUUCACCUAG